AUGAAAUCCUAUUUUAUUUUUCAAAAAGAUAUGAAAUCUAGUUAUAAAUUACAAAAAGAAAGCUUUAUGAGCGGUCAUACAGGACAAUCUAUGACGGAGAUUUUUUUGCAUAUGUCAAUUAUCGUAUUUAUGCAUGUUUUUUCAGCAGCUCUUAGAUCUCGAGGUACUAAUGAAACUUAUGGAAUUUCCACAUUUUUAAUUGAAUUUGGGAUUUAUUAUAUGAUUCCUUUGCUCUUUGUUACGAUUUUCUCAUCACAUUUGUUUUUUUUAGCAUUAAUACUAUUGAUUCCUAUACCUUUUUUAUGGCGUUGUCCUAAAGCCUUCAAAAGAGAAGAAAAUCUAACUAAAAAAGAGAAAAGAAGGCCUAAAAAUCCUUUAAAUAAGAAUAAUAUUGUUAAUAAUGGUGAAUUAAAAUCAUAUAUUACAAUUCAUCGUGCAGCGGUUAUGUUAAUUACAUGUCUAUCAAUCCUUGCAGUAGAUUUUAGAAUAUUUCCGCGAAGAUUUGCAAAGGUAGAGACAUGGGGAAUUUCAUUGAUGGAUCUUGGAGUAGGAUUUUUUGUUUUUUCAUCUGGUGUUGUAGCAAUUAAGAGUAUAAAAAAGAAUUAUUCAAAGGAAACUGUUUCUUUUUUUAAAAAGCUAAUUUUAUGUUUCAAACAAUCGUAUAUGUUUUUUGUUAUUGGCUUCAUUAGAAUAUUGAUUACUAAAGCAACCAAUUAUCCUGAACAUGUUACUGAGUAUGGUGUUCAUUGGAAUUUUUUCUUCACAUUAGGAUUUCUUUCUUUAUCUCUCUCAUAUCUUGUUAUUAUAGCAUUGUUGUCAAUCUGUAAUGAAUUGUUGACACGAACGCAGCAUAUUCUUACAUAUGUUUUAAAUGCUCCGAGAACUAAUUUAAUUUCUGCGAAUAAAGAAGGUUUAUUUUCAUUUAUAGGCUAUUUAACUAUAUAUUUAUCUGGGAUACAUAUUGGUGAACAUAUAUUUUAUAGAUGUUUAGCCUCAAGAAAAGAUAAAUCAAUAAUUAUUUAUCAAUAUAAGACGAUGUUAAAGAUGUUUUUGUAUUCUAUUUUUUAUUUUAUUGUAUAUUUCUAUUUUCUUUUUUUCGGAAAAUAUCCUAUGUCAAGAAGAUUGGUUAAUUUACCUUACGUGUCUUUAGUAUCAGCAUGUGGUUGUGGUGCUAUAGGGUGUAAUAUGCUUAUCGAAUUUAUUUUUUAUGGAUUAUCAGCAGAAUACACGGAUACAGUACCAUUAUUGCUUCAUUCUGUCAAUAAACACGGGUUAAUUGUCUUUUUGGCAGCAAAUAUAAUAACAGGAUUAGUAAAUUCAUUAAUAAAUACACUUGAAGUUAGUAAUAUAGUCGGAUUUCUAAUUAUGGUCGUUUAUGGUAUAAUUAUUUCAGGACUUGCUCUUAUAGCAGAAUUUAAAAAUUGGCCAUCAAAAUUUUAA